AUGUCGCGAUCCUUCACUGGGUGCAAGCGAUGUAAGGCCCGCCGGCAAAAGUGUGACGAACAGCGUCCCAGUUGUGGUCGAUGUCAGCUAGCCAAUACACCGUGCCGAUAUGCGAUGCAGCUGCAGUGGGGAGGGCGGGCUUUCUCGCGCUCGCGGUUCGGAGCCUGCGUGGGUAACGGAGGCAUGCAUAAAUUGGAGUAUUCACCCGGGGAGUUCAUCUACACCACCAACUCAUCCUCUACGGCACUAUCGCUCGGCUCAAUGAUCGGUGGUUCCUCGUCUACUUCUACAGCAACGACGACCGCUACAACUAGUCUAAACUACUACAUAGACCCGUUCGCCUCCCUCUCGACAGAUCAAAAGUCUCUCCUCCACCACUUUCUCAAUGAUGCCUCGCAAAUUACCGCCUGCCAUUCCGGCAUGCAACAAGACAUUUGCAAGAUGCUGGUCCCGAUGGCUCUGCAGACACCGUCUCUGCUUUACGCAACUAUGGCUCUCUCUGCUAUCCACCUACAGGCCCUCCACAAUCAAUCCGAGAACGUCAAAUCCGCCCCAGAAAUUGCGCGCUUCAUGGCUCUCAGCCUGGAGCACUUCCGCAAGGAAUUGGAGAACCCCGCCAGCCGAGGGUCCGAUGCCUUGCUGGCCACAGCACGCACCCUCUGCUUAGCUGAGAUUCAUUCAGGUGCCAUUCAUCCUCAUUCGUGGCGUGCACACGUCGCGGGGGCGAAGGCCCUCAUGGAUUCCUCCGACCAACGCGGAGUCCUGUCUCCGGGAUCGCCUGAGGGAUUUCGUCGUUAUCUCGACCGGUGGCACCGGUCAAUCGUCUCACUAACAGCGUUGACAGGGAACGGUCCGCCCAUCGGGGAGGAAGCAACUGUCACCGAGAAGAUACACGAUACAGCGACCCCGGAUUACCUCGAUGACUACUGGGGAUUCACAGUCAAUCUAGCCGCGAUCUUCCGAGCCAUCGGUGCGGCAUCUUGGCGCGAGCAUCAGUAUCUACUUCAGCAGCAGGGAUCUGGGCACGAUCCGGCGAGUGGGGACACAUCUAUCAAUAUCGACGUCGCGCACGAGGCAGCCACGCUUGAGAACGCCCUUCGUCGACUUAUGGCAGCUGAAGAGAUUGGAACUCAGCCAACCUUCUAUCCCGGGGUCAUGGAGGGACUCUCACCUGACAGCGUCCGCCAGCUGAUGCUCUGCAACGAGACGUUUCAGUGCAGCGCGCUCAUCCAGAUCCACCGCCGCUUGUAUAAGACACCUGCGUCGGCACCCGUGGUGCAGGACGCAGUCAAGCGGAUCCUGGAAUGCACAGCACAGAUUGGGCCAUCUCCGGGCCUGAGCCCCUGGGUGUUGCUCACGACACCACUAUUCAUUGCGGGAUGCGAGGCGCGUGGCGCAGAUCGACAACAGGUCCGCCAGCUCCUGGCAUCACUGCAUGACACGAUCCGAGUGCCGAAUGUUCUGCAGUCGUUGAGGUUGUUGGAGCAGUACUGGGGGAAUCAACUGGAUGAGAAUGAGGGAUGGACUCAGUUCUUGGGUACUCCUGCGGACGACAGCGAAGACGACAAUCCCAUCUACAACAUUGCGUAUUCCACACGAUUCACGAAUGCGACUCGGAUACACAACCGACUCGUCAGUGAAUCCUUUGUUCAUAAACGUAUCUCGCCCGCUAUAAAUCCCAAGCGCGCUACCACGAUGGCAUUGCACCUGCCAGCCAACGGCCCGACCCCGCUGCAGAUAGAUCCCCCGCGCCGCACUGGCACUUCGUCAACAAUGGGGGACAGCAAGCAACCCAAGACUCCCGGCAAUAAGAUCAGUUCGUUUUUCGGGUGGCGAGCGGGCAAUUCCUCUCCUGGCGCCGAGUCUUCCAGCACCGAAAUCUCCGAGUCAGGCCGAUCACCUAUACCUUCACCCAUGCCACCGUCGCUGCCUAGCGCUGCUUUCUCGAUAACGCCAUCCACCACGGUGCCUUCCGAUCCAACUCGCCCGCAUACAUCUCUUCCGCCACGCAAUUCGUCGCUUAGCAGCACAAGCAUUCUGGAGAUGUCCGGAGCCUCAGCCCUGGUGGCGGAGCUCGAGAACGAGCUGCGGGAGAUCAGCUCGGAGCUUGCGGGCUCAAUUCGACGGGAGAUGGAGCUAGAGGACCUGGUUGAACGACUCCAGUCUGAUUCGGUUUUUGACACCCCGAACCGUCGGACCAGCGAUUAUUUCUCCGACUCGGGCAGUAGUUCUAUCCGUUACGCCUAUGAAUCGGGUGGUAGGGUGGAGGACAUUGAGAAAUACAAGCGUACUGCCGAGCAGGAACGAGCCCAAAUGAAGGUGGAACUGUCCCAAAAGCUGCAGGAAGAGCGCGGCCGACGGGCGGCUUCUGAGGCGCACGUCCAGAUUCUCGAGUCGCAAGUGCACCAGCUGCGACGAGAGAGAGUGGAUCUCUCUGAUAUGUCCUCCCGGACCAAGGAGUUGGAGACAGCUCUCGAAGCCACUCGUCGAAAAUUGGCGGAAGAGCGCCAGAUUAAAGAUAAUUUCGAAGAUUUGCUUACUGCCAUGCGGGUUGAGCUCGAGCAACUGCGGAAUGAGCGGGACCACCUGAAAGAGAACGUAAUACCACAAUUGCAAGAAAGUGCUGGCAACUCCCAGCAGCAACCAUCAGAUUCCUCCGAGGUGGCGCGGCUGAUGGGAGAAAUUGAGGCAUUGAAGAUUGAGAACGCCUCUCUGGCGCAACUGCAGGGGAGUCGUUUCGCUUCUAUCGCCGAAGAAGAUACAAUGUCCUCGGCACGUGGCACGGGACUCGGGCUCUCCCGUUCAAGUUCCCUUGCACGUGUGCGCUCAAAACCGAGUGCGCCCACUGGUCUAUCCCGAUCGAAUUCCCUGUCUCGCUCCAACUCAGUCAAUGUCAAGGAUCGAGGCGAGCCGAGAGAGAACUUGGCUGACCGAAUUGAGGACGUCGAGGCUCAGCGGGAUGCCCUCCACGAAGCACUUAAACGUUUGCUGGACCGUCAAGCCUACGAUGCUCGUGAGUAUGAGAAGCAGUUAAAGAUGAUGGAGCUAGAGCUUGCUCGUGCUCAAAUGGCGGAGUCUCCGAAAAAGAUUGGGUACGAAAGAGAGGUGCGCAACCUCCGCGAGGAGGUCAACCUCCUUCGUCACCGCGCAGAAGAAGCCAUGGAGCAAAAAUGGCAGUGUGAAAAGGGUCUUGCAGGGUUGAAGAUGGAUCUGGACCGUGCUGAGCAGGAGACCACUUCUUUGCGCGUCCUGCUGCAGGAGCAUGACAUCACUGUUCCUGAGGACCACGAAAUUGACCAGGACGGCUUUGCUCAAGUCCUGGUCACUUCGUCCUCCCUUGAAACUGCCUACAAGCAGCUUCAAGCUGACCGGGAUCAAGCUGAAGCCAACGUGGCGCAGUCCCCCCUGCUGGCGGAGUCGGUUACUCGGACCAACAGCCUGGCGGAACAUGUGCAGCAACAACUUGCAAACAAUAUCGCUCUGCGUAGCCGCUUGGCCGAGGCGAUUGGUAAGGGCGAGAAAGAGCAGCAGCUGUCGGCCGCGCGCAUCAAUGAAAUGCAGGGCCGGCUCAAGGAGAUGGAGGACAUCCUUCUAAUGGCGCAGCAAUUCUCCGAGGAUGAGAUGGCCCGUCAUGAAGAGGAAGUCCGUAACCUCCAGGAAAGCCAUAAUUUGCAGUUGACGCGCGUCAAGAAUGGCGCGCGUAGUCCAAUGACCCUGUCUCCGAAGCCUCCCAACACGCCAUUCGGCGCGCGUUCGCCGCGCUUAGACAAGACGACUAGCGGGGAUGGAAUGGCGCUGAACGAGGCGGUUCAAUUCGAGACGCUGGAGAAGCGCGUCAAGGAGUUGGAGAAGUUGCUCCGCCACGCCGACUCGGAGAUGGAGGAGGUGGUCGGUCGGAUGAACCGUGCGCAGAUCGAAGUCGCCGAACUACAGUCCGAUCGGGACGAGGCAUUGCGUCAAACCAGAAAGCUCCAGGCCGAGAUUCUGGCUGAACGCGAGGCAUUGAAGACGCUGAUUGUCUCUUCGAAGUAA